AUGGCGCGACAAACCCAAUGCCAGCGCCCCGAAAUCCGAGCAUUCUUGGGCCUACAUUUUCAGCGUUUUCAGACGACGCUGCAUCUGGAGGACAAACAUAGUAGCCUGGAGCUAGAAGGGGCCAUUUCUGACCUGACUGUUGCAUUUCCUCUGGAUCUUACGGCUUAUACGCGUCGUAUCUUCAAGGCCUGGUCGGCGCAUACUGCUGACCAACGUGGCAAGAGGCUUAGCGAGUUGGGGUGGAUGUCGAAAACUGUACUUAUCCUAAAAAAUGAAGAGGUUUCUCACUCUUCUCCUUGCAACCAGAGCUGCCGCGACUCCCUGAUUCUCUCCGGCCAGACCAGCACUAUCAUGCUUAGUGUCAAUUUUCCUGGUCCGACUCUGAUUCGGGGUGAUGUCGCAAGCAAGUUGGGCAAAGGCCACGGCGGCUUAUAA